AUGGAUCCCACUUACCCCCUUGUUCCGGUGGCGAAUCUGCUGGCCGCUUUCUUGACCUUUCUUACCUUCUUGACUACACCCCUUCGUGAUUCAUGGAACUUCGGCGUUUGCAUGCUUUCAGUGUGGGUCUCUCUGAGCUGUUUCUUCACCGGUAUCCAGGCCGUCAUCUGGAGGGACAAUGCAGAUACGACCAUUCUGCCAGUGUUUUGUGAUAUUGCGACGCGCAUACAAGUCGGCACUCUGGCUGGCAUGCCAGGCUGUACGCUUAUCAUUACACGAUGCCUCCACGACAUUGUGCGAUGCCGGACCGUCGCUUUUAAUGAUUCCGAUAAGCGCCGACGCGAAUUAGUGUUCGAUUUCUUCCUAGUGAUCGGCCUGCCCAUUGUUCUCCAGUUCUUCUACUACGUCGUUCAGAAUGCACGUUAUCAGGUCGUCGAACAGCUAGGGUGCAAUAUGGCGAUAUUGCCAUCUGGUAUGGCAAUACUUCUACUGAACAGCUUUCCGCUCGUGCUUUCGCUCAUAUCCGCGGUCUUUUACAUGUCGCGCAUACUCUACUUCCUCUGGAAACACAAACGCAACAUGGGCCAUCUCUUUGGGCGGCAGAUCGCCAUCAAGCGCAGUGUCUACUUGCGCAUCUUCGCUCUCGGGAUGAUCAACUUCCUCACAUCCAUAACCGCCUCCAUCGUGAACUUCUUCCCGUUUCCCAUGCCGGUAUUCUACCCCGGCUGGGCCGCCGUCCACGCGGACUGGACGCCAGUCUCGAUCUCAGCAGCGGAGUGGCAUUCUCAAGGUCCGCUCAUAGUCUUCACGAAUGUGUGGGACGUCUGGAUCAACGCGUGGCUUGGAUUUGCCAUCUUCGGCCUGUUCGGGCUCACGCGGGAAGCGCGGCAGACGUACGUGCGCGCGUUUCGCAUCGCCACCCGCUGGACGGGACGGCCACGUACGCGUGGCUCUGAGUUGACGAUCCUGAGACUUCCCUCCACGCACCCCAAUAGGUCGAUGGAGCAGGCCGAUCUUAAGCGUCAGGCAUCGACGGCCAGUACACUAGUGACCCCAGCAUCAGCCCCGGGCCGUUUACAAGCAUUCACCAUCGAGAUCUCAGUCACCGUCGAGCGGCACAUGGACUUGGACGAAGAAAGCGCAGCGAGUACUCUACACGGGCCAGACUCGUAUAAGAUGGAAGGCGAUGACCAGGAAGGCAUCGCGAUGGCAUGA